UACAAAGUUUCCGAGUGAAGAGGUGUUAUGUCAGAUGAAGAGGAACCCAAGGAGAAAAAGCCCAAAAAACAAGACGAAGAUGACGUAAGCCAGGAACUUACAACUCCUGUCGCCAAAGAGACAUUGAUCAAGGAAAUAAACAAACUACAAGAAUGUCUGUCAACUUUACUUGUUGAUGCUAAAAAGACUUUUGCAGCAUCCCUCGAAGAAUUUGUCAGUGAUAAGGUCAGGAGACUGAAUAGUGCUAUUGGACAUUACUAUAAUGCAUUCUGCGCCUUGGGAGUUCUUGGUAGACACGAAAUGGAGAGAGAAAUUGGAAAGCAUUACAGUGAUGAAUAUCUGGUUGAGAGUGUAGAUAAGCUGAUGGAAUUAGAACAUGAAUGGAAUAGCUUUUUAGAAGAGGUUGAUAGAAAGAUGAUGGGUGGAGGUGAAAGAAGGGGAAAACUGGCAAUCGGUUCACCAGGGCCUUGUGAUUUGAUGUUAACAAAUGUGAGGUCAAACAGGGAUUACCUGAUCAAAGACAUCCUUGAGUCUGUUGGUCAUUCAAGCCUAGUCUUGAUUCUUCUUCGGCACUUUGCUUGACUUCCUUGACGUGACCAUGUUGCUCAAGUUCAGUCACAAAAGAAGGAGCUCGAAGCAGAAAAUGGUCACAUAGUAGUCGUCAGCUUUGGAAACCUGGAAGGAGCAAAUAAAUGGCUCGAACAAACCAAAUGUGAGUUUGAAAUGUUUAUCGACCAUGAAAGAAAGCUGUACCAGGCACUAGGACUUCACAGGUCAGUCGCUAAAACGUGGUGCACAAUUGCAUUGGUUUAUUAUGCUGAACAGAAACGAAAAGGAAGGAAGCUUUUUGGUUUAUUCGAAGAAGAUGAUCCUUCACAAAUGGGCGGCGACUUCAUCAUUGAUUGUCAUGGCAACAUGAAGCUGGUUUAUCAAAGUAAAGUGUCAACAGACAGGCCAACAGUGGAGGAUUUGGUCCAGGCUCUUAAAUAAAAUGAAAAUUGGUUCAGUAAUUCGUAGAAUAUAUUCAAAUAAUAAUUCAUAUUGCUGAGUAGAUGAUGGCAAUGCCUUAAACAAGGAAUUUGUGGGUGUUGCUUGAAGAAAAUCAGUUAAAACUUUUAUUUGACUUUUUUUUAAAUAAAAGUAAUACAACCUGG